AUGAGCAACGAUCCACGCCGUGUGUCGCUCUUCAACCGCUGGGCUUCUAAGCAAAACAACGAGCCGAUCUCGGGGUUCGAGGGACUCAACGAGGAAGAAAUUAUGGAGUACAAGGAGGCGUUCAGGCUUUUUGACAAGGUACUUUCUAUAAAGUUCACCUGAUAUCUAUCAAUCGUACUCAGGACGGCAACGGUUCCAUCUCCUGCAAAGAAUUGGGAGUCGCCAUGCGGUCUCUGGGACAGAAUCCCACCGAGCAAGAGCUUCUGGACAUGGUAAACGAGGUGGACAUCGACGGAAGCGGAACGAUCGACUUCGGGGAGUUCUGCCAAAUGAUGAAGAGAAUGAACAAGGAGAACGACAGCGAGAUGAUCCGCGAAGCGUUCCGAGUCUUCGAUCGUGACGGAAACGGAUUCAUCACCGCCGAUGAGUUCCGCUACUUCAUGACCCAUAUGGGGGAGCAGUUCAGCGACCAGGAGGUCGACGAAAUCAUCGCAGAGAUUGACAUUGACGGAGAUGGACAGGUAAGACCAGACGAGAUGUGAUUUGAGUUAGAACAAGAACCGAUUCAGAUUGACUACGAAGAGUUCGCAUCGACGUUCUCCCGCUAG